AAUGAAAAACAACUCUCUCUUUAUUACUUACACAACGAGACACUUAAGAGAUAAAUAUAUUCAUAUUUUCAUAGAUCAGUCAUGUUUUCAAAAAAUGCGUUUCGAUGCUCUUGCAUAUUGUUCCAUUUUAGAACGCAUCAGUGACGACAUGCACUCGCGAUCGUCUUCAUUAGCGCCAGCAGAAUCCUAGAGACAGGAUAGAUAUGAAUACAGAAUCUCCGACGAGGGUUUAUAGAGGAGUAGAAACACCUGUGAGAGUCGCGAGUCUUCAGAGAAAACUCGCGCCAGUUUAAAGAGAAAAAACGAUAAAAGAAGCACAGUUUACAGACCAUACCGUGUCCCGAUUUGACAAAUCUACAUCGGACAUUACUUUGUGUUCCACCUAGGCGGUGUAGACAUGAGCCAGGAGGAUCCUGUAGAGAACAGCUCAACAGAAAAACGUACAAGUCCCCACAAGACAGGAAUCCGUUUAUUCUUGCACAGAGCACAGAAGACUGUGGAGAACGGCUUCCUCCACUUCUGCUGCUGCUGCCAGGACUCAGUGGAGUGUUUUGUGCCUCCACCUUCUAAGCCACAUUACGCAGGUUUAGAGUCCACAGAAACACAGACUGAAGACACUACACCUGGCUCGGACGUCACGUGCAUCUCUGAGCAGCGAACCGAGAGCCUUAGCGUUCAGAGCAGAUGUUCGGAUUUUGUGUUGCCGGGUGAAGUGCCUGUCGAGAUUGUUCUACACGAGACCAGAGCCAAUAUCACUACAAUCGACAUCACAUCCAUUGGCGAGGACAAUGUAGAGAAGAUUGACAAAUGCAUACAUUGGAAGAAGACUCGAUCAUUCUUCCGGAGAGCCCGUGAGGCUCUGAAGCUGCCGUUACUCUGCGGCGGUGUGGACGCGGUGGAGUCUUUGGUGCCUCUAACAGACUCGACAGACUCUACAGAAGCUCAGUGUGGCGACUCUACACAAACACUAGACCUUGAGGAGCUGAGCGAUGGGACGUUAUCCGGUUCGGAAAGCAUCCCAGAUACGAUGCUGCCAGAAAAACCUACAGAAUGGUCUGUGAAGGAAAGGAUCUGUUAUUGCCUUAAAAAAGCUUGGACAGGUAUAAAGCAGCACUUCCUCUUCUGUGGGAUCACCUGUGCCAGAUACCUCAGACUAACAGCCGACUCGAUCUGCAAGUGGCGCUAAUGCUAAUGAUGAGCAUUAUUCAACUGUCGUGGUUUGAGCAUGCCCAAAAAUAAUAAAUUAUAAUGGCAUCAUUUACUUUACAGCAAAAACAUCCUGAUUCCUGAAAGAGCUUGUGUAUUUUGUACUAAUCCUAAACUGAGUGAAAGAAUAUCACAGGGUAUCAUAAUCUGAACUUUUAAAAUAGAAUUACAGGCAUUCUUUUUAAAGACCAAAAAGUGCCUUCAAUUUUGCAUUAUGUGUAACGCAGUUCUAAAGACUAUCUAUAAUGUUCUUGUGGUAAUAUAAAUAUAAUGACUAUAAAAAAGAGUAAAAGACAGUCAAUGUGAUGAACGGGAAACUCAAGCCUCUCACGUGAGCGCGUCACACCAGAACUAGAAGAGCUCAGACCAGUCCUAAAAGGUGCAGUAAGCAAUUUCUGAGAAAAACUGUUGAUAUUUAAAAAUAAACCCAAACAAACACACCCCUCAUUGCUUUGCCCCCAAAAUGCAU